AGGCGGCGAAAUCCAGAGGACUUAAACAACGCGAAACUAGCCCGAGCAACGCUGCUAACGAAUACGCUGCACGUGCUAAGAGUAUCGUCGAUCGUCGAUCCGUGUCCGAUUGCUGCGGCCGAUGGGAUUCACCGCCUGCCUCGUCGAAUUCGGUUGAAAUUUCACAGAAUGCUGCGGGGAAGAUGCGUCUUCUAGUUCUCGUCCUGGUGGGCUGCUUGAACGUUCUCGGGAUAACUCGUUGUCAAGAGCUUUCGGUCAUCAGGCACUCCGAUGGAGAUAUUUUCACGCUGGAAGGUUCCUGCACGGAAGCUUGCACGGUACUCAGCAGUGGCACCGCCAGUCCUUACACACGGAGCCCUUCGACGACCGGACUCGUUCCUCCUAACAACACCUGCACCUGCCAAUGCAACCACGGGCUUCCUACCUUCCGCGAAGACCUCCAUAUCUGCGUGAACGACAUCCACGAGUGCAAGGUCGCGGGGUUCGUGAGCAACACCGGCCAGGUGGAAAGGGUGCCGUACGUUUUCUUGCCGCAACGAGGCCAAAUAAUCUAUCCACACGCGGAGAUACGUUUCGAGGGUGUGACGACCCCGGUCUGCGGAAUCACUGGCGCCCAGCAAUUAGGCCGGGCAGGAUGGUCGGAGCUGAGAAACCUCUCGGAUGCCGAACCACCCUUCAGGCUAUAUCGUGACGAAGGCAGGACGUUUCUGCAGUGGAUCGGCGAAACUGGUCUGAAAGAAGCUGCCGAAGGCCGCGUGGUCACGGCGAAGCUGGUCUGCAGAGACGCGUCCGCGAAAUCAAAGUAUACCGGGGUGUUCACGCCUUGCGUGGCCUUCAGGGUGGCCGGAUCACCCUCUAAGAGUAACGUUCGAGAAGUGAUGUUCUCUUCGUCGUCGCAGCUGUCCCAAGGGCUUUCUACCACGGAAUAUACGGCCAUCGGCCUCUCCUCCGUAAUCUUGGCCCUGAUCUACGUGGCGAGCGUUUCCCUCUAUCUCCACAGCAAAAAGACCAAGAGGAAGAUCAUCGAAGAGCCGGAAAUAAGCAUAACGCAUGGCCGAGAGCCGAGCGGAUUGGUCAAAAGCAAUCCGUUGCUGGCAGCUUCCAGACACUUCGAGAGCGACACCAAUAGCGGUCUCACCGAAAGCGAUCUUGGCGACGAUCUUCCGGCCAGCGACGGAGAACAAGGCUUUGAAAAUGUAACGUCGGCCAUCAUUCAUCCCCAUUGCGUUUAUCUGGAACAAUCGGAAAUCUGUUACGCAUCUGGCUCCGGAUCCGGAUCGAUUCUAGGCGAAAGAUUACCGGAAGAAGAUGUUCGCGUGGUCGAAACCGCAGACAAUACCCACCAACAAGACAUCCCCGUGUUACCAGGAGCCCAAAGAAGAAAAUUGUACUUCAACCCCGCCUACUUUGACAAACAACUGUUGCUGGCUCCUCCUCCGGCAGCGAUCGAGUUCCUCCUAAAGAUCCGAGAAGUGAUAUCUAUCGCGAAACACAAGAUGGCUGCGAAGAGAUUUGUUCCCACCCUUAUCGGUAUACCGGAAGAAGACUCCGGUUCCGAUCGGUGUGACUCGGCGGCCAGAAGCCGGCAACUAUCGACCUCGAGCCCGUUCCAGGGGUCUCUGGCCAAGUCACGAAAAUCCCAGCGAUGCACCGGAUGUCCAGGAUGCACCGAGCCGUUCGCGAACACGCCUGUCCUUACCAAAGUGGAUCAACCAAGUCCGGGCGAGAGCAAGGUUCGCGCAUGGCUGGAGGACGUGAACGCGCCGCAACGUCGCUGGCGAGACAACGAGGACAACCGGCGAGCCUUCCAGGAGAACACCGCGACCUUCGCGAACAGUCUAGCAUACUUGAAGGAAUUGGCAAAACGCGACGAUUCCGACGUGAACGCGGCAAACUUUACGGGAAAGCAUCCGUCCUCGUGGGAGAGGAAUCUAUCGAUGUCGAAGAACCUGCAGAAUGGGACGAGAAGCGAGAUCCUCGAGAGCGACGAUCGACACAGUCUUUCCUUGCGUUCCGCCAAAUCGAUGUUCGAAGAGAUCCGUUGGUCCGGCCAACGAAGCCUGGACGCCGCCGACGGGCCCAACGGCGACGAAGCCGUGAACGCGAAAGUGAGGAAAGCGAUCGAGAACUCGUUCAUCGAGCAGAUGGAGGAGAACGCUAUGGAGAACGCGACGGACGAGAAGACGCCCGAGAAGCGGCCGAACCAAGAAGAAGAGAACAACGUGGACCGGACCGAGGUGAAACACAGCGCGAAAUCGGCGAAGACCGAGGCCGAGGAUAGCUCGUCGCGUGGACGAGUCAGGAACCCGAGAGGAAGCUCGAGUCCGACGAAGAAAGAGCUGCCGGACAUGAUCAACGAGCUGCCUAAUGGUACGAACACGGCGAAACGUAUCAUGGAUGCUGUGAUCCGUGAGAUGGUCGAUGCUAAAGUGCUAGAGCAUCACUCGAGAUCGGACAACGCAAUGGAUUACGAGGUGGACAGCCUGGAACGGUCGAAAUGCAGCAGGAAAUCUUCGACUUCGCCGGAGUCCACCGAUCAGUCGAGUCCCGCUUUGUCCACCGCGUUGCCGAUGGACGAAGAACUGACGAUGCAGAACGCGGUAAUCGACACGAAGACCGGCGAAAUGAUGACCAUGACCAUGAAGAUGCCGCCGCUGAACAAGGACGUGCUCGAGAGAAACUAUUACAACAGCCUGCCGGAGCUGAUCUCCUCGCAGAAGUACGAGAGCUACUCCUUGGUGAGCGAGGUGUACGUGAACGACGGCUACGACAGCCCGGCUUGCAGCGACGAAUCGGGACCGGAGAUCCAGUACGAGCCGGAGAAUCCGGGUCAUCUGACGAUCAAAGUGCAAGACUCGCCGGAGAAUUAUGCGAAGCAGGACGAAUCGGAGUACGAGCCUGACACGCUGGACCGGAAGCCGAUGAAGUUGAAGAUCAACGACGACGUGAACUACGAGAGGGAAGUUCCGAGCGAAGUUUACGUGGACUCGCUCGAGAGGCCGGCUCAGAUACUGUUGAAAAGCAAAGGCAGCUUUCGGGAUCAGGACUCGGCGCGGAACGAGAAUUGCCUACAGCGUGGCUACGGCAGUCUCCGCGAGAUUUAUGAAGCCAGAUUGAAAUCCAAUCUGGUGGAUGGCAACGCGAACGACCGCGUCGAGUUGGACGUACAGUCGGGAGACGGCGGAGCCUGGGAGAGGAACAAGUACUUAACACCCGAUACCAGGCAGGCAAAAAGGCAGCGUCAGCCGAGCAACCACCCCGAUGUAGUGCCGCUGCCGCCCACGGAAGAACUUUACCAACAUCCGAAGCCUUUGCGACGCGUCGAAGACGCGAAUCACGCGCCGAACUCGUCUCUGUCAAAAAACGGCUGGGACAGGAGUCCUGCCGAAGCGGGUGACCCUACGGCCAGCAACGGUACUCCUGUCCCCAGCAACGAUUCCAUCGUAGGGACUGCCGAUUCUUGUGACUGCAAACUCGUUACGGCACGAUCCGAAGAAUCGGUCACGGCGAAACGCGGGCACGCGAACGCUGAGACGAACGCGUCGGCGGAAACGUCGAGAAAGAGGAAGAAGAAGAUGAAGAAAUUCGAUCAAGAGACGGUGCAGAACAAUUGCGCCAGGGACACCGGAAACUCGAGUCACCGAUCGCCUGUGUGUUGGAACAGCGUACGCUGUUCGGUGGAGAAGAAGAGGUUUCCGGAUCACUGUCACCUUCAUAAGCCUAUCUCGAGGAGCAGGCCGUUCGAAGAGACCCGCGAGGAGAUGCAGAAGAGACACGAGGGCUUGCCGUGUUACUCGCGGAAAUAUUCGAGCGAUCCUUGUCAAAAUCAUGAGUCCGCGAACUUCGUGAAUCGCGUGCACGCUGACGAUCGUCGACCGCGGAUAAGGGUCGAGGACAGCGGAUACCUGAGCAGCACGGACAGCAACAGUUCGCAGAAACAACUGCUCAGACACGAGGCGAGCAGCGUCUCGGAAACGGACGAAACCGAAUCCGUCUGCGACGGAGCCAGCGAGAGCGGGGCCGAGAGCGUGGGAACCGACAGCGUGUUCUUCGGCAACUUUCGCAGAUUAUCCGAGUUCUCCGGCUUCGCGAAGAGCCUGGACUCGGGCAUGGAAAUUGGACCAAGGAACGCGGUGUUGCAGCCGUUCGCUGUGAGAAGCGAAAACGCAGGAUUUGAGAGGACGAAUUUCAGCACUAGUGACAGCGAGACCGAGAGCUUCGUAACCGUUCUUCCGCCCCGUGACGUAGCCAGUGACCCUAUCUAGAUGUUGCGACAAUUGGUCGAAAUUUCCGAUGGAGAUCGUAACCAUCUAUAUGUACAACCGUUCCGAUACACUUAUUCUGCCUGUUACAGUCUCGUGGCUUUGACAUCUUGUCUCUUCGCUCUAUUCAGGCUACAUUUUCUCCGCUUUCUUCAUCUAGGAAACGCCUAGGAGACUUCGAACAUUCACGGUGCACGUGCGGACAGCGACGGGAAAUCAAAAUUCAAUUGCCAUUGAUAAACGUUAAACGAAUCUUUAGACAAUGUGUGAAAGCAGUUGAACGACGUGAAAAAGAAUAUAAGUGAAAUUUCGAAAUCGAACGUGAUAUACAGGAUGUUCCAAAAUUAUGGUACAUCCAGGAAACGAGGGGUU